AAUAUGGGCCCUUUACAUGCGGCACAUGAACUAGAAGAAAAUGGUACGUCCCGCCUAUUCAACGGUUAUUGGCACCGGCCGGCAUCGUGAUUCAAACGUCCCGGUUAAUUGUCGAACCGUGUCAUCGUUACCCAGCCAAUGUGAGAAAGUUGUCGAGAAGAAAUCCCCGCCGUGUGUGUGUCAGAGUACGAUCGCCUCGCCCCCUUCGUUUAAACACGCGCCGUUUUCCACUCUCCCUUUCGUUUCAUUUUUGUUGGUACGUCCGGAUACACACACGCGCGCGCGCACACACGCACGCAUUCUUUCAUCGCGAGCCGGUCAAGAUGGCGGCGGUACUGCCGAGACGGAGUAGCCGCUCGGCUUGAUCGAUCUUUUUCUCUAAACCACCAAGACGGAUUGCAUUGAAACCGACCAAGUCAUACGCCAAAAAACAGAAAUAGUUUAGAUAUCGUCCGCGAGGUCGUAAAGCGUUGAACGGCUUUUUUGACGGAAAAUGCCCUGCCUCUAGUUUAUGUGUCUCGUCCAGUAGCUUGUAUUGGGAAGAAUGGGGGAGAAGCUGGAGUUAAAGCUGAAGUCACCGGUCGGAGCCGAAGCUGCAGGCUACCCGUGGCCCUUACCUGUAUAUGAUAAACACCAUGAUGCUGCACAUGAAAUCAUCGAAACUAUUCGUUGGGUGUGUGAGGAGAUCCCAGAUCUUAAGCUGGCCAUGGAGAACUAUGUUCUUAUUGACUAUGACACCAAGAGCUUUGAGAGUAUGCAGAGACUGUGUGACAAGUACAACAGAGCAAUUGACAGCAUUCACCAGCUGUGGAAAGGAACCACCCAACCCAUGAAACUCAACAAGCGGCCUUCAAACGGCCUGCUGCGUCACAUCCUGCAGCAGGUCUACAAUCACUCUGUCACUGACCCGGAGAAACUCAACAACUAUGAACCCUUCUCUCCUGAAGUGUACGGGGAGACCUCCUUUGACCUGGUGGCCCAGAUCAUCGAUGAGAUGGAGAUGAUGGAGGAUGACACCUUUGUGGAUUUGGGAAGCGGAGUUGGUCAAGUAGUUCUGCAGGUCGCUGCUGCCACCAAUUGUAAACACUACUUUGGCGUGGAGAAAGCGGACACUCCAGCAACCUAUGCAGAGUCAAUGGAUAAAGAGUUUAAGCGGUGGAUGAAGUGGUACGGGAAAAAACAUGGCGAGUACACGUUGGAAAGAGGGGAUUUCCUUUCAGAAGAAUGGAAAGAACGUAUAGCCACCACAAGUGUUAUUUUUGUGAAUAACUUUGCCUUUGGUCCUGAGGUGGACCACCAGCUGAAGGAACGAUUUGCCAACAUGAAGGAAGGUGGAAAAAUUGUAUCUUCGAAACCCUUUGCACCUCUUAACUUCAGAAUAAACAGCCGAAACUUGAGUGAUAUUGGCACAAUAAUGCGAGUUGUUGAGCUUUCGCCGUUGAGGGGCUCGGUAUCAUGGACGGGGAAGCCAGUGUCAUACUAUCUGCAUACAAUAGACCGCACCAUACUUGAAAACUAUUUUUCUAGUCUCAAAAAUCCUAAACUCAGGGAGGAGCAGGAGGUCACCAGGAGGAGCAGACAGAAGGACAGUAAAGAGAACAAGAGUAACACCCCCACACCGACCAAACCCAAGGAGCACAAGACACAGCACGAAUCAGGUGGUGAGGAGGAGCGUUCCAACUCGCUCGUGCCCACAAAGGCGUCGCCCAAACCCAGGCGAGCCAAACUGCUGUCCAGAGGCCGUAAGCUGAGCAACAGGAAGCGUGGAAGACCCAAGAAAGCCGCCACUACGACCGCAGCAGAGCGGAAAAAUAAGAAGAGCCAGAGCGCCCUAGAUCUGCUGCAUGCCAAGACUCUUUCGGCCGCCCCCUCUCAGGAUCCAUACAGGUCACCUCACAGCCCAUUUUAUCAGCUACCUCCUAAAGUUCAGCAUUAUACAUCGAACCAGCUUGUCUUAGGCCCUACUCCACCAGGUCUUCAGGCUCUUCUUGAUAACAUCAAAGUCCAGUAUAUGCAGUUCAUGGCCUACAUGAAGACUCCACAAUACCGCACCAACCUGCAGCAAGCUCUUGAGCAGGAAAAGCUGAGACACACGGAGCUGACAGGUCAAGCCCAGCAACUGCUCAACGCUUGUCAUUCUCAUAAAGAGAGAAUCAAAGAUCUUUUCCAAGCCAAACUAGAGGAGCUGGGUGUAAGGGCGGUAACUGUGGAGGACCUGGUGCAAGCUCAAAAAGAGAUCACGGCCCACAACAUGCAGUUGAGGGAACAAACCAAACAGCUGGAGAGAGACAUGCUUGAGCUUCGGGACCAGAAUUUGGUGCUUCUAAGGGCUCGGUGUGAGGAGCUAAAGCUGGAUUGGAGUUCCCUGUGUUUGGAGACGCUGUUAAAAGAGAAAGCAGCUCUGCGAAGACAAAUCUCAGAGAAACAGCGCCACUGUCUGGAGCUCCAGAUCAGCAUUGUUGAACUUGAGAAGAGCCAGAGGCAACAAGAACUUAUGCAGCUCAAGUCAUCCUACAGCCCAUGUGAGGUGUCGCCAUACAGAAAAUUUCUCCCCGGCCCGGAGCCCCGCCCCACACUGGAUCCCGACUCCACGAAAUUCACCCCGCAAGCCUCUGCAGGUGUCAACGGCCUCAGCCCGGAGCUCUCCAUCAAUGGCACCGCCUCGCCCGGCUACGACAGAGCCAGCAGCGCUGGGAAGAAUGAACUCCUCACCCGUUACCUGCCCAUUUCUCCCGACCACGAGAUGGUGCCACCCACCCCUGACCCGAGAACCAGGCAGCUUGGGCAACAACUGCCCGACUACACCCGUUUUUCGCCAGCUAAGAUUGCUCUUCGCCGGCACCUCAACCAAGAUUCGACUGGCAGUCAAUUUCGAGCGCUUGGAAACAUUCACAGGGGUGACAUUGGUGUGGUUUCAUCUCCAACUCUGGGAUUAAAACAUGCUUGCUCUUCACCAAGUUCUUCUGAUAUUCAAGGGAACACCACACCCAAGAGCACAGAUAGGGCCGAUAAGGAAAAGAGGCCUACUGCCCCAGGUGACUCCAUCACUAGUUUACCAAUCAGCAUCCCACUCAGCACUGUGCAUCCCAACAAACUCCCUGUCAGCAUCCCGCUGGCCAGCGUGGUGCUACCCAACCGUGCAGAAAGACUGCGGAACACUCCAAGUCCAGUGUCCAAUCGUGAACCAGCCGGACAAAGCAAUGGCAAGCCACCUCUUACGCCUACCUCAGGGUACUCCUCCAGCUCAGGGUUGGUGAAUGGCUCGCACUCGGCCAUGUUGACGGAGGAUCAAGACUGCGAAGCUCCGUCCCCUCCAUCCCACAGCACGCCCGUCAUGGGUCUCCCACCACGCAACUCUGGCCUCAGUCCUCCUUUGGGCACCGGCGGGGUGCUGCAAUACGCCGACGGCCCACCGAGACUUCCCCCCGAGGACGGCCACGACCGCCAGGGCCCUGAAUCUGACACGGAGCCUCUGGACAGCGAAGCUCGUCGCCGCAUCUUUUUCUCCUCCUCCUCGUCCUCCUCUUCCUCGUCAUCUUCCACAGGAGGUUCUAGGCUGCAUCACGGCUCAGUGAAGCAGGGACACCAUCAUCACAGUAAGCAUCAUCACCACCACCACCAUCAUCAUCACUCUCCAGGCACACACGGGCAAGAGGGCCGCAAACGAGGCCGGCGCAAGCGAAGUUCUUCAACGGCAAUUCCUGCCAGCGGAUCGCCCAAAAGGAGGUCCUUUCCUGGUAUAGGUUCCUCGAGUCAUCCAUCUGGAUCUCCACUUAAUAUCAAUUCUAUGGUGAACAACAUUAACCAGCCUUUGGAGAUCUCGGCCAUCUCCUCCCCAGAGCAAUCAGGUCGCAGUCCAUGCGGCCCAGAUCUGGAUCAGCCACCUGUGCUCAAGCGAGAGCGCCCUUUAGAGCUCAACAACACAGGCCGGUAUUCCUCCACACCCAGCUCGGAUGAAGAGGGUGAAAACUUUGCCCCAGAUAGCUCCAAUUCUUCCCGAAUUGAAAGGAAAAUUGCCACCAUUUCUUUAGACCGAGAUGGACCAAUCAGAGAUCUUGAAAGGGGGUCACAGGGACGUAAAUCUGGUCCCAGCAGUGUAAACAGCGAGGUUUCUUCGUCCUCAGGUGGCAGCAAGUGGAAAUCCACCUUCUCUCCCAUCUCUGACCCCAAGCCCACCUCUUCGGACCGCCAGGGUGGCUCCCCCUUCGGUGUGGGGGCAUCCCGCGGCGCCGGAGGUGGCACGGACUCCGACUCAGACCAGAAACCGCAGAGGAGAGGGGAACGUGAGCCUUACGGAAACUCUAACCUGUUCCUCAGUCAGGACGGCGGCGGUGGUCGCUCGGUGGUCAACGUGUCUGAGCGUCCUCCGCAAAAACAGAAAUCAAGGGAUUGGGACCUCAAAACUGUGAGCGGAUUGGCCAGCCAGAACCUCUUUAUAUCUGCUGCAGCCAGCGGGGGCAUCUUAAGUGGGAAAGUGGGCGGAGCCACUACGGUUUCCUCCGCUCCCUCAGUGGGGCAGUACUUCCCAUUGGGCGGGGCUUCGGUCCUGCAAUCCUUAUUUGGAGCUCAGACGCCCGGAGCCACCGGUGGAGCCCCGCGAUUGGUCAAUGGACAUUCGGCGCUGGGCAGUUUCUCCAGCGCUGGGCUGGCAGGGGGCGCUGCGGGAGGGAUUUUUCACCACUUGGUGCCUUCAGUCUCUUCUCAGCAAUCUGGGACAAAUCUCCCAGGCAGUUCCCAGCAGAGGCAUUUGGACACUAUCCCCAAACCAGGGGUGUCAUUCUUGGCCUCUGGCUCCACCCAGCCCAGCCGCACACAAACCGUUCUGCACACGCCCUCCCCGCCCGCUCACUCUCUCCCACCGCCCCCUCCCCUCCUCAACGCCACAUCCUCCUCUUCCUCCGCCCCUACCCAAACCUCGUCCCCAUCCCUGGUCGCUGCUUCUGCUUCAUCUCGGCCCUUCACCGUGCACUAUUCCCCACACCUCCCUCCUCCGCAACCCCCGAGCAGUGCAGGUUCAGUUGGGGCCGGGGCCUUGGGCGCCUGGAGGACUCUGGGUAUGCAGGCAUCCUACACGGCCUCGCAGAUCCCUGGCAAUCGCCCCAGAUAGGACACGCAGAACGUGGGAGGGGGGUGGGAUGGGCUGAAAUGGGAAGAGAGACGGAUACAGGGAAGCUGCUGCUGCAUUUCGGCAGCUGUGGUGUUAUCAGUCCAAACAAGGUACCUGACGAAAUCUACCUCAACCCAACAUAACCUAUGCAAUGGACAGGUGUGGACCAACGGGCUCGACGUGCUCACCGGUGCUCAAACAUUUGUAAAGCCGGCAUUGUAACACUGGCAUGGGUAUCAGAACUAAUCAAAAGGUGCAGCUUAACAGAAACACACAGACAUCCUUAUAAAGAGGUUCUCGAAGUCAUAUUCAUAUUUAAUUCCUUGUUUUAAGGCGAGUUUUAGUGUAGCACCACGUUGGGGUGACGCUAACGGUCAUGAAUCGUUGCUUAUUUAACAUGGCCCUCCAGAUGCUUGGGUUACUUUUAUGUUCAUGUUUCGGGAACUUGAUCCAAAUUUGCAGCAGAUUGGCUUGGAAAUGCUGUUUGCUAAUAAUUGUCUUGUCACACUCACAAUGGACCAUAUACGCAUAACAAAUAACUUGUGAAUCUUCAUAACCUUGCUGCUGUUAUACAUCGAAACAAAUGUGGCUUUUAUGAUUAACUCUUCAUUGGGUGGAAUGAUUGAAACCCCGCCUCCUAAAGCAUCAUACAGUUUUCACCCUUAUAGCUUGAGCUACCGAUUAAACAAAUAUGGGAAAGUUUUGUGAUUCUGUAUUUCAAAAAUAAACCUGUUUUAUAGCAGUUAGGCAACCCUUUGGAUUGGGUGAUUUACCAGCACUAUAAAAAUGUAAAAGUUGGAUUCACUUAAAAAAUUACUUUGGUUGGUAACACCUAAAAUGUCCUUUUUUUGUUUUUGUUUUUUGUUUUCUGAAUUUUCAACUUUAAGUGAAAGAUGUAAGUCGAAAAUGUUUAAAUAUUUUAGGUGUUACCAAUUAAAGUAAUUUAGAAAAUAUUUCACCUACAUUUUUUGCUUAAAGUAAGAAAAUUUAAGUUGAAAAAACUUUAGAAUUGAACCGUUACCAUUUAAGUUAUUUUAAGUUGUUCCAACUUUUACUUGCGCUUUCCAUAGUAAUGUUUGGUAUUGAAAUUUAAAAUGAAACCACAUGCUCUGGCUAUUUAAGGGUGAAUCUCAAAAAACAUCUAGCAAAAACAUAUUUUACCCUAAAAUCAAAAGGAAAUAUAUAUUUUUUUUCAUAUAUUAUACCUAUCAUUUAUUUCAUUUAGAUGCAUUUUAUUCAUCAAUUUUCUUUUGUAAUGUAGAAAAAAGUACUCUAAGGCAGUGGUUCUCUAAGGCUUUUUUAGCGUGUGUAUGGCACAUUCCUUCGCGCCCCCCCCCCCCCUCAAAGAAAAUUUACGACAAAAAACUGUUCUAAAACUUAACUUCUAAUUAAACAAAACAUUAAAUGAUAGAAAGUAGUGCUGUUGGUUAGUAACCUUAUUUUAGGUUUAAUUCCACAGAAUUCAUGCUAAAUUCAUUUAUUUUAUAAAAUGUCAUCAAACUGGGGCCCCCCGGCACGAUCUCGCGGCCCCCAGGUUGAGAACCACUGCUCUUUGGCUUUUUAAUUUUUUCGUUAAUAUAAAUUUAGUAAUUGUUCACAUUAUUUAGAAUUGUGAAUGUUUCAUUUAAAAAUAAUCAAAUCUGACCCCAAUCUUUUAAGGAAAAUAUAAUUAAGGAAAUUAUUUUCUUUUGAUUCUAAGGUGAAAUAUGACCUGUACAUAUUCUCGAUAGGCUUACACGCAUAAUGAAAUUAUUUAUUUUUUAACUUACACUGGAUAACGUUACCUGUGGAGCUGUUAUUUCAAACAGUAUAACGGCGUACGUCAUUUUUACGUGCUUGGCUUUUAUAUGUCAAAAAAUUUCAACGGGUUUCAUACACCUGCACCUUCCCAGAAAUACACCCAUAAUAGGAAUAUCUGCAGGGAAAGAAGCGAUUAGAGCCACAGAAUGAGCAGAUGCCUGUAAGUAAUCUUUUAACCAGGUUAGUUACCAUCGGAUCGCAAGGAAUCACUACGUUUACUGCAGUUUUAGUGAUCUUUUUAGUUUAAUACUCAAACUUCCGUAAUCUUAACCGUUACUGCUGAACCUUUACUUCAAUGCACAUAUUAAGUUCAAUCUGGCUCCAGUGUGUUACACGGUACAGGCUUAUUCAGGUGAAUCUGGUGCUAAAAUCAUUUUCCUCGCAGAUUUUACAAAGAAACUCAUGUUUUCCUUUGGAUAAAGAAGUCCAAUGUUGUAAUGGUGCUCUCCGAAACCUGGAAAACCAGCACAAACUUUACAAUAUCGCAAACAUACACACUGGGGAAAUGCAAAAUAUUUACAAAACAACAAACGUUCAAAGAUAGAAAACUACUGGGCAACUUCAACUCAUCUUUUGUGUAUUUUAUUUUGUUCUAUUGUUCUUUUCUUUCUUUUUUUUGUACUGUGAAUGGUGUUGUGUCUUUAUAUCUGUAUAAUUGUAUAUAAUUUGGGUUAUUUAUCGUUUGAAAUUGUUUGCAUUUUGUAUCCGAGCACAGCACAAGAUGUGCAAAGUGUAUGUACUUGACUCGCGAUCUGAAAAAAUGGUGCUAUGAUCUGUACAACUUAAGACUGUGCUUAUUUAUAUUAACAACAUACAGAAAAAAAAGAAAUGAAUAAAGAUUCUUGGUGCUUCUUUUACACAGGGAUGUUAUCAAGCCUUGCGGCAUUUCUUUUUUCGAUAUUUAUAACGUAAUCCUGUUUGUUGGUGCCCAGCAUGAAGCAGACCCUGCUUGUAUGGAUAGUGCCGAUUUUAUACGGAAGAAACACCUUUUGGUCUUAAGAACCGAAUACUUGUACAUGGAAGUUCAUACGUUGCAGAACUUUAUCAGGAGGAAAUUUUGUUGAUUUUUAAAUGGUGCUCGCCUCUGAAAUUGAUCUGUCGGUACUUAAAGCUAGUAAUAUAGCAAGACUCGACUGUUCAAGAAGCUUGUUUGAAAUACUAAAGUGGUGCCAAAAGGCGUUUUGCGCUUUUAUUCCUUAAUAUCCGGCUUUCUUUUUAAGAGAAACGUGUGUGUGUUAAGCCUGUUUGCCUGCCAUCCUAGUCCAGAAUGACUUGGUGCUUUUUCUUAAAGGGAUAGUUCACUCAAAAAUUAAAAUUGUCGUCUACUCAUCCGCAUGAUGUUCCAAACCAGACCUCACUUUUUGGGAAUUUUAAUCUCUUAUUUAUGGAAAGUUAACAUGUACAAUUUUCCAAAGGCUUCAAUUGUUAAGAAUUUUAUGAGGUACUUUUAGGGUGCCAUUACAACUUUUGUUAAAACUUAAAGGGGCGGUUUCCCAGACAGGGAUUAGAUUAGUUUUAGUGGCCUUGUCCACACUGACUUUCUAUGCGGUUCGGCCGUAUGUCCACACGGAAACGCAGUAUGACGUCACUGAAACCGAACAUUUUUGAAAACCCUGCCAGGGUAUUUUAAGAAACGCUGUUUUUUGCCUUGCGAUGUCACUUUUGUUAGGCUUUUGAUUGGCCAAGGUGGCUUUACGAUUUGAGUUAUAUCACCGCCUGCUGGUGUGGCAUGCUCAAGACAGCGCGUGAUCACGUGUUUUUGCUUGUUCAUGUAGGCGGAGAUUUAUUUUAAGCUUGAGCAUAUGUGGAGGGGAUUUUUUUUAAACCGCAGGUUAUAAAAAUACACGUGUCCGUGUGGACUAGGCCUUAGACUAAAAUAAAUUUAAGAGCUGUCCAAGCUGAAAAUAACUUGCAUUGACAUAUCUUAAAGGCGGGGUGCAUGAUUUCUGAAAAACGCUUUACAAAAGUGAGUCGGGUUGAUUACCUAAACACAGCAGUAAGGGGCGUGUCUACCAAACGGCAUUGUUGCCUGGGUUGCGUAUGUGUGGGGCAGAUCUAUCAAAAGAAGGUCCGGAUUCUAUUGGGGUAGGGGUGUGUUUGUUUAAAUGAUUUUAAAUGUAAACAUUGGCUUUCAGAGAUCAUGGACCCUGCCUUUAGGAUACAUCAGUACUCUUUGUUUUGCCUCAAAAUACACACAAUGAAUGUUUUCAGUAAGGCAUGUUUGUUAAAACUAGUUAUAUUUUCUAAUUAAACUAAGGCCUAGUGGUGGCUUAAAGGAAUAGUCUACUCAUUUUCAAUAUUAAAAUAUGUUAUUACCUUAACUAAGAAGAGUAGAUACAUCCCUCUAUCAUCUUAGUGCGUGUACGUAAGCGCUGGGGCGCGCUGCUACACUUCGAUAGCAUUUAGCUUAGCACCAUUCAUUCAAUGGUACCACUCAGAGAUAAAGUUAUAAGUGACCAAACACAUCAACGUUUUUCCUAUUUAAGACGAGUAG